UCUCAUCGCUCCCCCCCCCUCUCUCUCUCUCAAAGUCUGAAAUUUUCUGAAUAAACAAAACUCCAAAGUUCCAAACAAACGAGAAGAAGCAAAACCCAGCUCCCAUCUUCACGGAUUUCCAUGCCCAAUUUUUUGUUUUCAUAUAAUUUAUUACAAUAUCCCACAAAACUAAUUUGAAAAAUCUCUCUGCAUCUCUGCACGCACCUUUCUCUUCCUCCUCUCAGAGACUCUCUGAGGCCUCUGUCCCCUCCUCGCAUGGACAGUCUUUACUCAUCCCCAUCGAUCUCAACGAUCAUCUUUGGAUCUGCGGUUGUUCACAAUGCUUCGUUUGUACGGACAGGCGUGGAGGACACCAUGAGGAGAAGAACCGCCGUGAAACGCAGAUAUGGUGGUGGUGGUGGUGAGUGGCAUUGGCUUGUAAUUUUGGGUUGUCUUCAGUGGUUAUUGGCCGGAUGAUAUGGGCUGCGGUGGCUCCAAGGUCGACAACUUGCCGCUAGUCAGUUUCUGCAGAGAGCGCAAGGACUUCAUCAAAACGGCGUCGGAUACUCGCUACGCUCUCGCCGCAGCCCACCUCUCCUAUUUCCACUCCCUCAAGCACAUCGGCGACGCCCUCUGCAAGUUCGUCGACGAAGACCUCAUAAUCUCCGGCGCCGGCGGGUCUUCUUCGCCGCCGGGAUCUCCCGUUCUCACGUUGCCCUCCGACGAAGGCAAGCCCAGAAGGCACCCCCACAAAAACGACAAACAUUCGUCGUCGUCUACCUCGAUUUCGCACUCUGUUUCGGUCGAUUCGCCGAAGGAGGAGGACAUUGAAGACUCGCACCUGCAUUUGUCAUCUGGGUCCGGGUCGGAUUCUGACUUGGACUCGCCUUCGGGUCACAUUCACAUCGAGGAGAGCCCAGAACAAGAGGUACCUUCUUCUUCUUCUUCGUAUGGUUACCCUCCGACUUCGCAUAUGUAUUACAUGAGAAGGUCUGAGACACCGAUGCAGACGGUGUUUUAUGAAGAGCAGGGGAGAUAUCCGGCCCAAAAUGGUCCGUACUCGGACCCAUAUCCAGGUUAUUCGGGUUAUCAGCCGUAUGGAGGAGGUGGGUUUUUUGGGUACCCAAUGGGGUCACCCAUGACAAGUGAGUAUCCGUACAAUCGGCGGCCUCCGAGCCCGCCGCCGUCGGAUCCUCCUCCGGCACCGCCUUCACCGCCGAAGACCUCCACUUGGGAUUUCCUGAAUGUGUUUGAUACUUUUGAUAAUAGUGGUUAUCUGGGUUACAAUGCGAGGGCUAGAUACGGGUAUGGGUCCACCACAAGUAGUCCGGACUCGAAGGAGGUGAGGGAGAGAGAGGGAAUUCCGGAGUUGGAAGAUGAGACAGAGCAAGAAGUGAUGAAAGAGGUUCACAAGGAGAAGAGGAAGGCAAAUGAGGAUGGUUAUUUGAGUAGGAAUCGGAAUUCGGGUGAAGGGACUUCAAGGGGUGUGCAAUUGCAGCAGCCAAGCAGUGAGGGGAGUUCAGGGACAGUGCCAUUGCAUAGCAUUGAGGGGAGUUCAGGGACAGUGCCAUUGCAUAGCAGUGAGAGUUCACACUCUGUCCAAGGUAAGGAGAUAAAGAGCAGUCCAGAUACAAUUGGAUCGAAAAACUCUGAAGAGGAGGGUGCCAAGAAAAAAAGAGUGAGUUUUGAGUUUGAAGCGCCAUCGACAUUGGGUGUUGGAUCUUCUAAAGGGAGUAGCUUAACCACAUUGUCAGUCCACGGUACAAGGGAUCUUCAAGAGGUUGUGAAGGAGAUCAGGGUUGAGUUCGAGACCGCCUCUAGUUAUGGGAAAGAGGUUGCCAUGUUGCUUGAGGUGGGCAAGUUACCUUAUCAGCCUAGAGGCGCGGCGCUUAAAGUGAUCUUUUCCAGGAUCCUGUACCUUGUAGCACCUUCCAUGUUGUCGUCACAACCUCCAUCUGGGCAAUCAGUAAGACUAACUUCCAAGACAAUGAAAAUGGCAAAAGCAUACCAGGGAGAACCUGGCAAAGAUUUCAACAAGAAGUCUGGAAACCUCUCAUCAACUUUGGAGAAACUUUAUGCAUGGGAGAAAAAGUUAUACAAGGAAGUUAAGGACGAAGAAAAGCUACGGGUUGACUAUGAAAAGAAGUGCAAGAGAUUGAAAAGUCUAGAUGAUCAUGGAGCUGAGUCUGCUAAGAUUGAUGCCACCCAGGCUUCUGUACGAAAGUUGCUAACAAAAAUUAAUGUUUGUAUCAGAGCUGUUGAUACCAUAUCGAGCAGGAUACAUAAAUUGAGGGAUGAAGAAUUGCUUCCCCAAGUCACGGAAUUGAUUCAUGGAUUGACAAGAAUGUGGAAAUCCAUGCUUAAAUGCCACCAGAAACAGUUCCAAUCUAUUAUGGAGAGCAAAAUUCGAUCUCUUAAAGUAAAUACCGGCCUUCGAAGAGAUUCCGGUUUGAAAGCUACUCUUGAACUUGAAAUGGAGCUUCUGAAAUGGUGUACCUCCUUUAACAAUUGGGUUAACACCCAAAAAUCAUAUGUGGAGUCCUUAAAUGGGUGGCUUUUAAAGUGCAUUAAUCAGGAACCUGAAGUAACUCCUGACGGAGUUGCCCCUUUCUCCCCAAGCAGGAUGGGAGCUCCACCCAUUUUUGUAGUCUGCAAUGAUUGGUGCCAAGCAAUGGAAAGAAUUUCCGAAAAGGGAGUGGCAGAUGCGAUGCAUGAUUUUGCUUCAACCUUGCACCAGUUAUGGGAAAGGCAGGAUGAGGAGCAACGUCAAAGGAUCAAAGCCGAGUACGUCUCCAAGAAUUUGGAGAGCCAACUUAGAAAAUUGCGUAUGGAGAGGGCAAAGAGAGAGCAUGACCAUGAUGCAUCAACAGACAAAACUGCUAUGUCAAAGGCUGCUUCUGAGAGUGGAGUUUCACCACUGGAUGAUCUAAAGGUGGAUUUGGAUUUGAUGAGGAAGAGAUUAUCUGAGGAAAAAGCAAGGCAUAAGGAGGCAAUCAAAUUGGUUAAUCACGCAGCUUCCAACAGUUUGCAAGCAGGAUUGGUCCCAAUUUUUGAAACCUUGAAUAAUUUCACUUCAGAGGCUUUGAAAGUUCAUGAGCAAGUCAGACUUCAAGAUGCCGGAGGCUCAUAGUAAAUGUAUAAUCUUAUGCAUACAAGUUGGACGUGUGAUCUGUGAAGUAGCUAGCCGUUCUGUAUAUGUACAGUCGUUGUUUGAGAUUUGCAUACAUUUAGAAAUGGUAGAUUAGCAGAAGAAGAAAAGGGAACUUUAUAAGUGAAUUUUUAGGCAUGACAGAGAAAAAAGGAAACAUGGGAUAUUAGAAUUGCUUUGUAGAGCUGAUCCCUUGUUUGCCUGGAAGUUGAUGAAUAUAUCUCAUCUUGACUUGAUAACUAGGUCUGCACAACCCCUCUAACAGAUUGGCAAAUUUGUACAGGAAUUCAUUUAUUGGUUUUCGGGUGGUUGUAUUUGUCUGUUAUUGGAAUGUGUGGAUGAGGGGGAUGUCAGCUUGGUCUAGUUUUGUAGUAAACAAACUAAAAAUUUUGAAUGAGCUAUUCCAUUAUUAAAGUGGUUUCUGUUUCA